AUGGGCCAAUCAAGCGCGGCUGGUGGUUCACAUUCUAUCGAUCACAUUGCCAGCAGCAUCACUGAUUUCUUGUAUGACCCGCAGGCCCAUACCACUUUCGAUUCCUGGAACAAACGAUGCAAGGACUUGCUCUAUGUCGAUCUGGCUGCCCAGGGCGAUGCAUGGGAGGUUCGACUCCUACUUCGCAAACUGGGUCCGGCUGAACACGAGCGUUAUGCCACCUCCAUCCUCCUCAAGAAUCCCCGAAAAGUCACUUUCAAGGACACGGUUCAGACGUUUUCGCAGAUUUUCGCUGACCAAUCAUCCCUUUUCAACACUCGAUUCCAGUGUCUGCAACUGUGCAAAAGAGAUUCCGAUAAGCGAACAUUACUUUGUCACUGGUCAGUGAAGCAAAGCAGUCGUUUACAUAUGUUAAAACAAAAAUGGAUCCAAGACGCUCCUUUAAAGAACCCAUUUGCCAGCGGUUACCCACUCCGAUUUGGGGUCAGCAAUGCUCACACGCUGACGUCGGCCUGUGUGCAAGUCAAUCAAUCACUUGAGUAAGUUGACAGUCACAUCUAUUGGCGCAGCUUAGAUAUGAGCCCUCUGCGUGGCACCCCGUCAAAGGCUUUGCUAAAGUCAUUGUAGACUGCAUUUACCGACAAACCUACCUCUAAAGAUUUCGUCCAGUUUUCAAUAGAUUCGAACAAGUUAGAGAGAAGAUGGGCCAUCUGUAAAUAGGUGCUGAUGUGCACUAAGCAAGAUAUCCUCAUCAGUAUGCCUAAUCGGUUUUCAUUGUAUUGUUUUUCCGCAUUAGUUUGUAAGAAAUGCUUAUGAGACUCACUGAUCUAAAGCUAUAUAACGAGGUUCUCUCUCCGCCUUUAUAUAUAGGUCUUACGUUGUCACGCUUCCAAUCGGAAGGUGUAGCUGCCACCUGCACCGAUCUUCGAAGAUCUUGAAGAUCGGGCAAGCCUGCUGUUCUGCGAGUCCUUUUACAACUUCUUCGGGGAUGGCAUACGAACCAGGUGAUUUAUUGGGCUGUAUUUUUACCGGAGUUGUCUUUACUGCAUCUGUUGUGGACGCCAUCAUGCCGACUGAAUUGAUAAAUGACCUCGUCUAUGUUCUCUGAAGUUUUUAGCAAGACUGGAUUCAGGCAGCUGACCUUUUUUCCAUCACGUGUUCUUGUUGGAAAGACUGCAUGUUGCGUGAAGAGCGCCUUGGGUGCUUUAUGUGGAAAGCGGAAGCUGAAGGUCGAUUUUGGGAAUGGCGCUUGAACAGUGCUUCAGUUGGCUCCUGACACACUGAGGUCGCCCAUAUUCAGGACAUUAGGUCGACUAGAGAAUUCUCCCAUUUGCUCCUAUAAAUAACCGCCAGUGAUUAAGUCUCUUCUAGGUGGUCGAAAGACAGUGACACAGGUCACCAACAGUCUUUAUGGUUUCUCAAAUAGCUUUAGUGUUGCACGCAAACUUGUUGGUGUUUUCUGACACCCACAGAAGUUCUUUCACAUAAACAAUUAUACUGUAACCAUUAAAGUGUUCUCUUCCCAUACGAUAUUUUUGUUAUCCAUUUAAUGCUAUUUCGCCAUCACCCAUAUUCCUGGACAUUUAUGUAGGUUUCAUUUACUGCUACCACAUUUGGAGAGAAUUCAGCAAGGGAAAUUUUCAUCUCAGCAAGAUUUUAGGCCUUUUAUAUAAACACACACCAGUUUUUCGAUAGUCGAACUUCUAGCCGCUUUUGCUACUGUUGUGGGUAUUAUUGAAACACAUUGGGCGUCGUUUUCGCUUGCCUGUUGUGUUAAUUGGUGCGGUUUAUCUAUUUCGGUUUCUUCAGUUGGAACCCUGGGCGUCACCGGCUCUGUUCUGCCGUCAAAUCAGGCGGCUGGCUCCACAAUAGUGUCUCAGUUAGCUGGAUGGCUACCGUCGUCUUUAAUAUGACUGGCCGAUUCAAUUGAAAUUCCAUAUUUUCCUGAAUUACCUUACUCUCUAAAAAAGCCAUUUGUUGGACCGGCCAAAAUUGAGGCGUGUGAAGCCCGUUGAGGCGUGCUACAAGACAGUAAAACAUAGGCAACCAAUGCAUAAUGUCCGUCUAGCGACACCCAUGCAGCGUUCAAAUUUUUGUGCAAGCGAUUGCAUUUUCUGAUGGGGCCAUACAUAUUUAUUGCACUUGCAAUCUUUCCGAAGUGCAAAUGCAAGGCCACGGCGACAACACGGAUUAUUCAAAUUAAUCCGAGCAAAACAAUGACGGUGUCAGUAGAAACACCACUCAGUGUUCACACCUGUUAGCGCAAUGAUAGACAGUAUAAAUCGUAUAUUGAACGCGUUUUUUAAAGUCCCCUUAAGAUUUGAUAAUCGAUCUCUUAGCUACCUUCGAGUGCACAAAGUAUCUGCAAUAGUUCUGAUAAGAAAUCUUAUGCAUGUGCGUCUUCCAUUAAUAUUUAAAGGUAGUGAAGAUGGUUAAAAGGCAUUAAGUAAUUGUAUGAGAGCUUAACCGUUGGACAUGUUGCGCAAAUGAUGAAUCUUAAACAAUCCUUCCCACUUUGUUUAAGCUAGGGGAAAUAUAAUUCGUCCUUGAUCCUUACAUAAAUUGGUGUAACUUAGGAUUAGCCGUCUUCGGCGUGAGUUUGUGUUUCUCAGUUCUUUCGGGAGUGGGUCUUUCCGCUACAGAAUUAAACAUUUCACGUCUAUGCUACCAACACGCACUUAACGAUUUUCUCAGUUUUGGAUCCCUCUAUGCUUUUUUAUCGGUUGUCUAUCUCCUGAAAAUGUGUGACCCUUAUAAUUAUAAGGAUAAUCAAAAGUAUAAAUUUAAUCACUUAAGUCGGCCAGCUAGACACUCCACUCGUAUUAAUGGUCUGGUUAGGUGAAUUAUUAAUGUUUUGCCUUAGUUGUGUGCCAAGGGCGGCUAUCAGAGCCAGUUCCGUUUAUAAAAACGGGCAUAUAGCCCGUUCUUUCAUAUAAAAGAACGGGCUAUAUGGUCCACAGCCUCGGCCGUAGCCUCCCCCAAACGGGGCCCAGACCCCGGGGCCAGACGGGGCUGGGGAUAGCAGGGAUGUAACAUUAUGCACCCAAUUUUUUCGCUAAGACCUUCCCACCACAUCUUGGGGGUUAGUAUUCUAUGCAUACUGUAAUGUUAGUUGGGAAAUCUGACCCCCUAAACGUAAGUAAUUUUCAUCCUAUUCGGAGAAUUAUGUUGCUUUUCUUUAAAUUUGUUGACCUUUCAUCAUGGGGUUUUUAAGUUGUCUCAAGUUUCCAUUUGGAUAAUGUAGUUUUGCAUUGAGACUCUUGAUACCUAGUGAAAAGGUUAUGCAAUGCUACUUGCGGUCCACUGAGGAACGUUAAUUCUGCGUUGUCUAUUUGUGUUGUGUCUAAGACAUGACAAAGUGUGGGCUACAAGCACUGACUGGACCCUUUAGCACUAUCCAUCCCAUCAAUAUGCAGUGGCACGCGCAUUUCCGGGAUUCUCCUUGUCACCCGAAGGCCCAGCUCACGCAACAGACCCCAUGCAAGGCCCAAAUUCACGUAGCACUCGUUCUUAAGGGGUUUCUUAAAGUACGCUCGAGGCGUUCACAAUAGUGCCCGUGGAUCCUUGGGUAGUUCCGUAUGGAACGGCCGCAACUUAUUAAACAGCUUCCUGGUCGUCAAAAACGGCAUUUUUGUCUCUAGGCAGAAUUAUUGCGAAGCAAACAGAACGCACUUGACUUCAACUGCCCCUGUGUUUUGCACAUCUUCCUCGGGCUCUGCACCCAGUUCUCGUUUUGACACGUGAAAGACCUUCCGGUGGGGAUUUCGGGAUUCAAGGUUGGCAUAUCCCUUUCGCACGAUUGAGCGGAAACUACGGACGAUAAUGGUAGAAGCGUAUACUCAUUCAUCCAUGCCCGCAUAUUACACACUUAUCUGUCGUCCAAUGCGCAUUAAUGUGGUGCUCCGGUCGUAUCCAGAGUAAUAAUGUUUCACCUCUACUUCCCAUAGUUGUAAAUGAAGGUAUACAAGGGGCAUAACUGCACUUCCAACACCAAGUCUGCUACAAGACACACAAUUUCAGUAUUUGACGUAGUUGAUGAGCACAUACCUCGGAACUAAUCGUAGAUCAAAUAAAUUAACAAACAUUAAAAAAGUAUAAAAACUCACAUUGGCUAACCUACUCCCGAGUCAAUGGAUUCUCCUUCUGGGUAGGCCGUAUUCACACCUACGCCAUUCACCUCGUAGAUAAAUGUCUUCAAAAUUACCAAUUUAAGUAAGGCUACAGCUUUGUGCGUCUCAUCCAUAUUCAAAUAAAAUAGGCAUAGAGGACAACUGUAUCCUAAAACAUUAUUUACUUUGCGCUAAAUAGCUUAUUUUAGCUAAAAAACAUACGCCUAGACAAGUAAUACUGCUUUUCCACCGAUCUACAGUUUUCAGGAAACAUGUCUUUCCUGAAUACUAAAUGCUUCAAAAUAGAUGGGGCUACACCUAUGCCUAGUCCCCUUUCAGUCCCGCAUAUGCCGUGUGCCAGCAGGGUCGAUUAACCAUAAACAGAGUAAAGUCAAAUAAUUUGGAUCUUUUGGACAUACCCUUAAUGGAUUAACUUAUUUUUUUGCCUUGAACCCCGUACGUCUCGUGGAAAUAGAAUUCGUUGUGAUGCGUUAUCGGUUUGACCGGUGUUCGUAGUUCAUCAUACACAUCAAUGACAGGAGUUUUACGUCUUCCUUUCAAUUAAAAACAGCAUAGCGAGGGCAGAAAAUAUUUCCUCGAGAGUCUAAGUGUCAUAGGCUUGUCGAAGUCCUAUGGCAGUCAGUUUGCGAAAUAAUGCAGCUAACUAUCUUCGCGUUCUCAUGGUUAGAAAACGCCACCCAGAACUAGGAUAGUAUAAGGAUUCAGAAGUCACCUUUAGCGAUUUUUACUUCUGAAUGCUGCUAACAGGAUGUGCGUGAAGUGUAACCCUUCCUUUUCGACAAUAUUUGCCCUCCUUUUUAUAGAGCUGUCCAAGGCCGACCGAACCGCUGCAUUUUAAUUCUUCUGUCUUGAAAUUCUGCGCAGUUUAAAGUGCGGUCGUUAUACUGUCUAGAAGUUUCAGCACUGGAUCGCUGUUUUUCAUAGGUCUGGCCGUUACCAGAGCGAAUUUGGUUUUUUCGCUAAACGACAAGGGACCUCUGGCUUCGUUAGUGAUAGAGCCAACCGCUCAACCGAUAUUUUGUAUAUAGUUUAGCCAGGACUUGUCAACCUUAUUACUUAUUUGGUCUGCCUGGCUUCAUUUAAAAAAUUUUGCAUAAUUGAAUCCUAAAAUUGGCCGUAUGUUUUUCUUCCAGAUCGCCGUAUACACCAAUGUAAUCUAUCAUCCUCCCUUAUCAAAUGCAAAUCCAGAGUUCGAAGUCCGAAUGGGGUCUCGGUCAAUAUCCCCUCAAACGACCUGAAAAUGACGAUUCAGCCUUAUCGAGCUGCUCACCUGUUUUAUCUUUCGACAGCCUGCUUGAGAGUGGUGAUUACUUCGCCGGCAAUAAUUCAGUCAGUAAGUAUUUUGAGGGCGCUGGUCAAAUCGCGGAAGAUGAUCUGAGUGUGCCGCCAACAAAACUUGCGUCAUCAUUUGCAUUUUCUUCUGGUUUAGUCAAAAGGACCCAGGCAAAAACUGAGAAGCCGUCACAAGAUCCCUCUCUUGAAGGUUGCGUCGCUCAAAUUCCUAACGAUCUUCCCCUUGUUGACUUCACUGUUUCCAUGUCGCUCUGUCAGUCAACGCCAAACCAACCAGAUUUAGAGAUUUCCUUUGAGUCUCCUCCUUUUUUCAAAGACAUCGAGGCCGCUGAAAAAGCAGAUGCCCCUGGUCGUUCUUCCGGGUAUUUUGAUUACUUCUCGAUACAACAUCCGACCGAAGUACCUGACGAAGUUUCUGCUCCUAAUACUGCGAGCAACCCUUCCCAGUCGUCAAGAUCAAAACUACCUCCUUCCGAGAAACUUUCUAACUGCAGGUACUGUGGUAAGACCUAUCGAAAUAUCACUUCUCUGAAAAAUCAUCAGCAAAGGCACGAAGCUGGUGAUGUGGUCAUAAAACGCCACAAAUGCCCCUUCUGCGCCUACUCAAGCCAGUAUCAUCGUAAUCUACUAAAGCACGUUGACGCUGCGCAUGACAAACGUAACUACACUUCUGCCGCUCCGAUAGUUACUGUCUUGGCAAACAAGUUUGAGGCUCAUCAAAGGAAACUGCCGCAUGGUUCCGUCCCUGUCGGCAGUGGAUCUCUCGAUACCCCUAAUGGCGACAUUUCCCUCUCACCGUCUCCUUUACUUACAACUGAAUCUCCAGCCCUGCAAAGAAAGUUAAGUAUCGCCGAGCUCCUUUGCUCAAACUCGCCUGGAACGCAGAACUUCAUUGACGCCCAUUCUUUUUCGCCGUCGGCUGAUUUCACGUCUCCUUCAUUUCACCCGUUUGUCGAUACAAGUGAUUUUCACCAGCACACCUGCGAGAGCGUCCAUCCUUUGCCCUCUUUCAGACGUCCGGGCUCCACAGAAGCGCACCAAUGCGUGGUGUGCGGCAAGACCUUUAGGACAAAACAGAAACUAACGCAUCACAUGGACACUCACGACAGUCGAAAACCUCAUUUAUGUGAAGUUUCUGGCUGUGAAAGAGCCUUUAGCACUCAAAAAUACCUUCAGAAUCAUAUCUCCGAUUGUCAUGGCAAAGGCAAAACAAUCCGCUGCUCUGCUGAAGACUGCCACUAUGUUUGCACCCGUCAGGUCCACAUGAAACGUCAUAUGGCUGAGAAACACCCGCGUGAGCACUCUUGAGAUAUUUGCCGCAGAAAUAUUAUGUAAGCGUUAGAGGAAUUCAAAAGUAGAUCCAGGCUCCUCGUUGGUGAAUAGGGAUAGAUCUAUCCUUUGAAUUUCCUACUUGCGUCUGCUUAGCGUCCUUUUUUGAAAUGGUUUCUUGAUCUGCCAUAGUGUACCUUUUGGAGGACGGGUUUUCGGAGCUUAUACGGACAUGAUUUCAUACGUUAUAUCUAUCGUUACGCUUACUUCGAAUUUAUUUCCCUGAUGAAAAGCGAACGGCUUACCAAAAUACCUAACCUAUUAAUCCUUCUCUUAUUUAGGUAAAAAGGUCGCCAAUUGUGCACCCUCUGGCCAAAUUCGGAGUUUUCCAAACGAAGUCGCUUUGGAUGCACAAAUAAGUUCGGAAAUUUCAGAGGCCUCUAAGUUUCUCUCGCCAUCACAAACAUCUUUCUCCUCUUUACCUCCACUAACUGUCCAGGUCCCUUAUAAAUCGUCCGUCCCCACUGAAAUCCCGAAAUGUGAAGGAUCUGGUUACCCGACCCCCUCCUUGGUCUCCCCACGUGACGGACCCCCGCAGAAUGCAGAAUUCUACCACCACCCUCCUCAUCCACUACCAGCCCUGAUUCCGACGCCAUAUGCUCGGCCGUGUCCUUCGUUUGAUUCUGCAGAGCCAGUCCAUCUUGAUUCCAGAGGCCUGCCGCCAAUGAAAACUUCCAGUUCCUACGCUCCGCAGUCCAUUUUAGAUUAUAAAAAGGAAGCAACCACAUCUUUUGAACAAACACCAGACGGUCGCUGCCCACAACUUAUUAAAAUUCCGCAUGCUCACCGUCCUUUUUACAUGCGCAAUGACGUCGAGGAAUUUGCACCGUCUGUGUUACCGCUGAUAAGUAGGCCAGAGGCCUCUGACAUUGAUGUAACGUUCAUCGAACUCAAUGCAGUCCUUUCUCGCGAUCUUGACGAGAUAGCUGAAGGAGCUAAAAACUGCGGAGAGUCGCAGUCUCCUUUUGGACAAAAGUGUGAAAUCGCACCCCUAGUCCCUGAAGAUCUCUCUCGUCGCUCACCCUCACUCUAUAGUUCGACAGACUCGGGCAACGGCAGUAUGGCAAGUGCACGGAGUCUAGGUGAUUCCUUUUAUGGUCCAUCAACAGCGGAGGCAGGUGGUAGGCAGGAAUGCGGCUCUGUCCUGACCGGGACUCCUGUCUCCAUUUCCUGCUCUCCUCCGGCGUCCUUCUGCUCCCUAAUCUCAUGCUACAGCAGCCCCGAUGUUGGUGACAAGGUAUCGUGUCUCUCGUCCGCCGGUUCUGCCCUCUCCGCGGCCUUCGGUGGUCACCAGCAGUCUUCUCACUAUCCUAAUGUUGCUGAUAACUUGGGAAGUUAUUUUCAACUGGAAAAACGACAGCGACCUGCGAUGCAGUCUUCGCCGCAUUUCCGAUUCAGUACACCACCGGCGCCGGCCGAAUUUUACCAGCGUGCUGCCUGGAGGGAGCAUGCACGCCAACACCCCAGUUAUGCCAAUAAAGAACUGAUACCGUCCCAGUCAGAUCGACCAGUCAGGCCGCCGAGUGCGAGUCGGGACCUUAGACAACAUUGUGAGUAGCGAUCUGGUUACACUACAAAAUAUACGCCUUGAGUUGUAGCUUGAAACAAAACCUAAAACCCACACAGACAGUCGCACAUUGACCGGUACUACCACUAAACAAUACCGACAGAUACGAAAGAGAUUGGUUUGGUUAUCUCGGGUGUAUUGACAGUUAUUAGCCAGGCAUAUCCGAUCCCAAGGUCUAGAUAACCUGAGACCCGAAAUUGGUAAAACGUUGAACUUGACACACAAUGACAAGGAAUCCGGGUUCUGAUCUCGGACUAUCGAAACGUAGGGUUAGCGGAUGACUGGUCUACGACAGCUCAUAAGCUAUACAUUGCUAUUUCGAUCUCACGCCUCUUUUGGCAUUCAUUCUGCACUGUUAUUGUAAGUUCCCGUUUGUUUGUACCAACUAUGACCCAAUUUUUGCGUCAGAUUUUCUCUCCAGAUUGACUGACCCGCGCAUCGGCAUCAGUGCUAUGGUCGCGCGGAGUAUAUGACCCGACUACCUAAUUAUAAAGAAAACCAGUCAGUUUGCGAGAGAAAUGCCAGUCAGUGCCGAUCGAAAGUUCCCUUCUUUAUUUCAUUCGCGUUUCUUUUCGAGAAAUAUCUUUUAAUGUCACCACGAGUUCUUCUGCCCAAAGUUCUUUUGAACAAGACAUAUAACAUUUAAGCAGAUCGUUUUAGCGGUUAGCUGAUGUUUGGAUGGAAUGCGUUGCUUACACCGGCCUCCUACAAUCCCUAGAAGACUACAGCAAAAUCCACAGUCACAUCAGCUCAGCGUCACAGAGCGAGGGCCCAACUUUCCUCCGUAGAUUGUAAAACAUGUAAAGAACGUCGCUGAGUUCCAGAGACGCCGGUCAGGAGCGUUGCAUAUGGUCGCUGAGUUCACUUGCCCCUUAGCAUCAGUCCUCUUGCAUAUUUCUAAUCCUUGCAUAUGUUUGGUCAGUGUUAACCGCCGUGGAAGUCAAACUCAGAAGGUCAGUAACACUUCCACUACCGACUGCUUGUUGCUGUGCCAUCCUGUGUAAGGACUGUAGACCGGAUCUCAAAGGACAGCGGAUGUCCGAUCUGCUUCCGGCAAUCAAGCCAGGUCAACAAAUGCCAUUGUCACCUGACCUGGAAUGUUUCUGAUCACAACCGGCAGGACGUGAGUCUGCGGCUUCACCGAUAGUGUAUGACUCAAUGAUCAGCUAAACCCCGGCGUAAACUUCGGGUCUUCCUGAGAGAGUUAUUUUAAUUGAACAGAUUUUUCAGCAAAGUAAUCUUUAAUCACCGCACAAAAUGCAGACUUUAUUGUUCAAACUAUCGUUUAACGCAGGUACUCCGUUUUCUUGAGGGACUUACAGUCGAAUUCAGUAGACAGCGUCAUUACUGAACACAAAUUAAAAAAGAAGAGAACUUAUUCUCAUUUGAUCGAGUAUUAUGUUAAAACAGAGAAAUGUCCACUGGCGAAUGAAGAUGGAAGAUGACGGCUCGCCUUAAGAGCCGCCGAAUUGACUGGCGGAUGACGGCGAUGACCAUUCUGGACAUCCGAGUAAUUUUUGGGAAUACUUCCCCAACAGUAUCUUUCCUUAAUAUGCUGAUAUUGGCCAUUUAGCACUAAGUUUCCUUCCGUUCUCCAGAUCCCGACUUCAUCGAGCCGUUACCAUCACGUUACUCUAAGAAUCCCUCCCCCACCUCCGGCUGCCAUUCACCAACAUCAAAUAUCCUCUCUCACAUCACACUGGAGAAGCAUCGUUUUGAUAGGCCGUCGGAUUAUAUUGCUGCGUCACAUCCUCCGAUCGCAGAUCAUCAGCCGGUUGUUGGGCUGAAGUCAAACCAUCGCACCCAGUCCCCUUAUUAUUUGACCUAUCAGCCCAGAUCGGCGUUCGGCGCUUGCGAAGUUGGCGAUGACGGGAACUACAGUUCUCUCCUGCCGCCGACGCCAUUGAAUCCCCCGAUCGGGUUAUACGGACAGACAGAACUGAACUCAUUUCGCAGCUAUCCUACUGGUAGGCAUUGAGGCGCCAAAAUAUGGAAAUCGUAUAAUUUUUAUUUUCCCUAAACCUGCACUUUGUAUGAAUUUGGUUUGGCAUUAAUCUCUUUAGUUGUGUAGCGAACACUAAAAAAGGUCAGAGUGUGAUUCUGUGGUGCGCCUCUCUAAAGCCUUGUUGACUAAGAAGCAUAGCGUCAAAAUAGUGAUUGCGACUGCCCUUCCUAACGUAAAAAGUGCCAUAAGACAAAAAUAGCCGUUUCAGAAGAGCUUGCCAUCUCAUUUUCAGUAGAUUGCAGGGCCCGACAUGCUCUCGAGGUCUGCUUCCACCACGUCCACCCAUAUCUCCAGUCAAUCGCUUUGAUACGGUUGCUGCCCCGAGCGGGGCUAAAUUAUGAUUACGUCUUAGACAAUGUGACCUUAAGGUCCGUACAGGGUCUGAAAGAGCCAGCUCAGAUGGCGGUUAGUGAACUCCCAACUGGUAAGUCCUUUUCCUAACUGAUUUUACUGUUGUGCGUUAUGGAGUUAUAGUCGACGAAUGAUACGCAGGCAUAAUCAGUCGAAUAUUUCCAUGCGCUGAGUACCUUCUGAAGGCACGGGGCAUGUCCCUCACCCGUACGCAAAGACUUUAAAUGGGCCUCGUAUGCUCGCGUCGGCCUUUUGAAGAACCUCGCGACAGUUCCAAUGUUUUCGACGGAGCCAAAUACGAAUAAGGCUAGUUUUGCCGGUCACAGUCUCGACUUGUUCCUUGCCGGUCUGCCGGAAAGUUCGAACUGGCAUAAUAGAAUCGACGUAUAAUCCCAACUACUUUCCCAUCCACCAUGAUCGGACAAAUAUCUUCUAUUUCGAAAACUCCGCUCGGUCAUAUUUUUCUAGUUUAUUUCGGCUGCCAUCACAUAUUUCUUGAGCAAAGUGUGCCACUCUUCUGCAAAGGAAUUCACCACCAUCGCAAAGUUUCCGACCUACUAAAGGCCCGGAUUACAUGGGCCCUAACCAUAUAAUACACCAGUGCGGUCAGCCUAUGAAGGGUUGAGGGCGCGUUGCCGAUAGCAUUGACGGUAUUGGAGGGUUUGAUGAAGCGCAAAGUGCUGACUCACUUGCCUGACCCUACCGAAAUCCACACCGAUUCUCGUCCGGAUAAAGCGUUACAGGCUGAACUAGUUGAAGAGGACAACUGCGAAGAUUUUAGCAGCGAUGUCGAAUAGCCGUGUGCGGAAAUGGGAGGCCGAUCUUGGCCGAAUUCUUCCCACUACAGUCCAGCCGGCCGGCAAUUUGGCUAUUAGACGCCUCAGAAGCAGCGGCUCAGGUGGGCAACCGACAGGAUAAAUAUGUCCUAAUCAGGGCUGAGAAUCAGGCGGCCAGGACCUCAUACCAUGACCUUUACAACACUUACUUAUGCGAGGUUAGGAAUUCCCCUCUCUUCUGCCGGUCUGGUUCGUGUGCACUUAGAGGUGAGGUUUUGUGCGGAACGCGUUGACAGUCUGCCGCUGCGCUCGCGCCCACAGCGGUUGCAUCACAGUGGGUGAGGAAGAGUGGUGGACGCAUCGUACGUCUUCUUCAGUAGAAAAAAGUUCGUGCGGAAUUUCCUGCGGGGUCCAUCUCGCUGGACAGCUGUGGACAUCGUCAUUCGUGACAAUCAAAAUAUUGCGUGUGUUUAUGUCUGGUCAACCAGUCUCUCGUGGAAGACAUGCUGCGUCGACGGCAACCUAUGAUGUGUGCCGAGCAAAAGCGAUGGCAGGGCUCGCGCGUUGAUGACGCACCCGUAUGGUUGCGACAUCGUCUGGACUUUAGUAAGUCCUAGCCGCUACAGCUCUUUGAAUAGCGGGGAGACAUGUGACUUGAGCCACAGUCGGCACGGCUAAUGUACAAGCAGCUGCUUACUGUUUAUCCUUUUCCUUCAGGGACGGGUAUCAGGUGUUAUCCAUGCUGCCACAGAAGCUACAUCUGUAUUUGCCGUGUUCCUCCUUCUCCUCCUAGACUUAAUGACCCUCAUGCCUGUUUGGGAGUUUUUCGAGGGUUUCUCGUUCACUAGUGUCUUAAAACGGUAUUAUAACCUUAGUGCGUAACUAUUAAUCCGACUCUCCUACCAUGUGAUUUGCCAACCGCUCGUCUGUUUGAUCCCACUUCUUGAGUUAGAUCCUAUUCUUUACUCAUUUGAGCGUAAUGUGGUUCUAACUUAUUAGUUAGGUCUUUAUGAAUUUACCCAAAAAUUCCAUUCGAACUGUAAUUACAUAUAUUUUAGCCCACUUCUCUCGUCUUCUUUUUUGUACCAUGACCUCACUUUCUCUUCGUGCCGUAUAAUAGCGUCAUAUGAACCGGGCGUUACUGCUUGCUGUUGUAGCCCUCGCGGCGCGAAUGUGUCACUCCAGACAGUGUAGGUCUGCGCACGAUGCGGGCUACGCCCUCACAGACUGGGUUUAACAGACUCAAAUACGAAACUAUCCUUAGCUCCUUGGUGGUUUCGGAAGUAUGAAUUGCUUCGCCAUAAGGCAGGCGUGUUGGACUGGCUGUGCGACGUUGAACAUGAAACGGCAACACAUCGUUAGUAGUAGCAAUGGUUCCUUCUCUCUGUUGCCUCCAUGCCAUCCACCACCUCGGUCGUAUCGGAGCCCUCAUGUGCGGCCUUGCGGUGUGUCGGUCACCGCACCAAGUUUCAUCGUCGGCCGGCCCAACCGGAAGACGCCCAAGGCAUGAAAAUGAGAAGACAAAGUAAGAUCCAUCCAGCUCCGAUUCAGCGCUUGAUUUCUUGGCUGUAAAUUGCAAAAAGCGCUCCAACGGUAUCACGACGUGCUAUUAGCCGUGGCUCGAAGGGGCGUCAACUUGGUCCUAAUUAGGACGAAGGGUUAGGCCGAAAUAGCUUAUUCUCAGCGUGACCUUUAUGACAUCGUCGCUUAUGAGGGUCCAGAGAUUUCCGUUUUUCUUCGGGGCCUGGUUAUUUCGAAGGUAGGUACAGGGUCUCGUGUGGCACACGUAGACAAGACUCUGUGAGCCACGCCGCCCACGCUCAUCGCCAGUCGCCAGUGUGCCGGCGAAGCGCGACGGAUCUGGAGGUAGUGGGUGAUUUGGAUUUCGCACAUACCUUAUUCACUGUAAACAGUUUCGUGCGUAAGUUACUCUGUCUUCGACAGAGAAAUUAUCUGCUGUCAAAUUCAUCCUACCCUCACCCAUGACCAUUUCGCAGCCUCUGAUCCUAAUGUUAAUUCAUCCUCAUUAUUUUCAGUCUUCUAUCCUUUACAUCUCUCAAUCGCUGUUUGAUAGACAGUAGCCAGCUGCCGAACCUUUUUCCCCGGUCCACCAGCUUCCUUAUUUGCUACUGUUGGUCGAUCUUGAGAUCAGCUCCUGCAUGUCUGCCCUUUGCUGUGAAUAUCUCUGCAGGAUAGAGCUACUGCUUUUGGUACACCACCCCGACUCAUAGUCUUUUUCGAAUUCGCACUUGUCUGUUUUCCAGACAUCAAACCCCAACUUCAUUCGCGCUUGCUCCUCCGGUUGGUUCUUUGACGGAACAGGCAGCGGCGUCAAGUAUCAACUCACCACCAGGAAGGGCCUUUUGUGAAGUAUGUGCAGUUGUCUAGAGGCACUUAUUUGGCGACUUUUUCUUCUCCUUUGCAGACCAUCCGAUGCCCUGUGCACCUUUAUGCACGGUCUGCACGCGGACUACACGCGAGGAACAAUUCUACGCAAACACACAACACUGGUUUGAACCUGCUUCUGAUCAGCUCUCGAAAGUCUAUUCCGAUAACUUUCUACCUCUGCGGACUUAUUUCAGUCGGACCGAGCCACAGCGCGGUUUCGUUCAGACGCAUGUUUGCAAACGAGAAUGCCCAACUCAUGCCCUGCAACAAACGGACACUAGCAAUUUCUCUGACGACAAGGUCUGCCAUAAAACCUUUGCGUGAGCCAGGUGCAAAGCGUUGAUAGGCGUUGUAUUAAUCAGUUUGCCCCGUAGAUGAGCAGGCGCACUUGAUAAUUCUUUGCAGGCUUGGUGUUUGCCUUACCAGUCUUUGUUAGUCGAUCAGCUAUCCGAUCGACGGAAACGGGGACCAAAAUUCCACUAAAACUCCUCGUGCAACACUCGCUUUAACUUAUCUCAUGAAAUGCUAACCUAGAAUCUGAAAUGCGUUUUCUAUUAUAGAAGAUUCAUUAGGUAUGAUUGCAAUAUUGUUUAUCCUGCAGCAAACCCCUAAUAUAUUUCAGUCAUGCCAGGAUGCCAGCUCUUGCAUGCGUUUUCUCCCGAUCGCAUGCAAAGACCGCGCCCGAUAACGAUAACUGCUUAAGUAGUAAGAAUUUUUCCAUUGAAUUUCGAUGGCCUUAUAAGUUCAAAUAUAAUUUACAGAAAGUACGCACAAAAAUAUAUUUUGUGUGCUCACUGGGUUGCAAAUUGCGUCUUUUCAAAUUUCUACUCGACGAAAUGGUAUCUUUCGGCUUAAAUUAUUUUUCAGUUCCCGAAUAAUUUUUAAACCUCACCUGCCGUUGCACUUGCACUCAGGAUUUCAAACCACAAACUGUAUACCUCUCGUAUAAAGCAUAUCAUACAUUUCCGUAUGUUGGCCGGAAGAUAGGAUAUAAGACUCAUAAAAUUUUGUAACAGAUGUGGUCCAUGUUGCAUACUUCAUGAGCAGCAUUAAUAAACGGUCAGAUACUAUUGGACAUUCCUCUGUCUUGAAAAGAUCUCAUAACUGCAAACAUUUACAGGACUGAAAGGCCGCAUUUCUUUGUGUGAAAUUUGAAGAAGGCGUAAUUUGCAAUCAAAUGAGUGCAAUAAAGGAUUUUUUACGUGUGCUAUUCCACCUCUCUCUCUUCCUCUACUUGUAUACCUCAUUUUACUAACAUGACACUUUUGUUAUUCAAGAUUUAUUCUUUCCUUGGGUCGGCCACGAUCAAAUGGUUUCGGUUUGAUGUGAAUGUAUGCAUCCCCUUCCCCCAACACUUUGACGUUAGACCACCUCUAGUACAGGGAUUGCGGUACAACUGUUUUUACGGGUGGACGGUGUGGGUUAGGCUAUAUAGGAAUCUAGAAAAGCAUAUUUACUCCAUAUGCUCAUUUUAAUGUUUUAUGUAACUGUGAAUUAAACCUUGCGCCGUAUAAGCAGUAGCCAAGAGUAGACUGCACGAUCCUACAAAAAUGCCGUGAGGGCCGGGUAACUGAUUAGGAUACGAAAUAGCCAAUGACCUUUGCUGUUGGCGUUAAGUCGGAGUUCAUCAUUCCUAUGCUAGAGGAGGUCAUGCGCCAGACCGUUGUGGUGGAGGGAGUGCUGUUUGCACAUAUAAGUCCGAUCCUGGCUUCUUUUCGACACUUUUAAUAUUUACCGAGCAUUUUAGUAUUCCUUCACUUUCGUCACAUGAUAUACUAAUGACCCAGCAAACACAUUAUGAAGCGGCAUUUAUUUGACCUAUCAGAGAAUGAAUCAUGCCGUCAAAGCCAGUCCUGUCUGUCGCCGAGGUGUGAACUGCGAUCCCUGGUCGUCUGGUUCUGCCGUAGCAGACCGAUACGCCGUUGUAGACUACUGUUGACCUCAUCUUUACCUCUGGUUAGACGCGCAACGUUCUUUCACUAAAUGGCUUUGGCUACUCGGUGUUAGUGCGUUUGGUGCAAAAACAGCCAAAAAGUAUUAUUGUUUUGCCUUUUAAAGUGGCCAUCUUUGGACUCAUUGGGGUCCACAUUCUUUUUGUCCGUUUUUUCCGAAAAGGGAACCGACUAUUUUUGGCAAGAGUCAUACUUGUAAGUUCUCAUUAGGUCUGUCUAUGUGGUUUUGGCAGUCGUUUUUGAAAUAUGGACGGGACUCAUGUGUUCACUAAGGUUGAUCUUGCCCGAUUUGCGGAUGCUACGUGGAGACUUUCGUUUUGCUGGAGUGCGGGACACCUUAUAUUUGUUCUCUAGCCCCUCUCACCUAAUGUUCGCUUUUCACCUUUAAGAUUUAAUCAAGCCUGCUUGGAUAAUUUGCCGGGGCAUUCACCUACCUUACUUGGCGAUAUCCUGUUGGUGUUCUCCGUUGCCGAGACUUAUUAUCAAUCUUUUGACUAUCGAAAUGUUUCAUGGGCGUCGUAUUCGGCUAUGACGAACUUAGUUGGACCUAGGAGCAAAAACUACCUGUUGACUGCUUCCAAAUUCCUCCUCCCAGGACUGUUGUCUUCUUGAGCCCUCGACUGUGACUAGCUAUUUUGACCAAAAAGACUUGACAGAUGUCCGCGUCAGACUUCCUCCCUUUUCUCCUCUUCAUUUGACCGGAAAGACCGUAGAAUUACCGACUGUUAUAGUCGCUAGGUGUUUUACCACCGUCGGGACGAUCUUUUCAUAUCCUACCGCGAAGCGUACCGGCUCCUUGUUUCAAAGUGUUUUUUGCGGAAUGAAGCUUCCCGUACACUGUGGUGGGCUCAUAUCGACUUGGCUACGAUCGUAAACAGGCCAUUGCCUACCGAGUUGCGGAACGACCACGUAAGCAAUAUCAGAGAUAGGCCAACGAAGGCAGUUUUGUGGAACUUAAGAGCCCCAUAUCGUCAUUGUUUCAGCGUAGACAGUCGCUCUCUUCAUCUUCACCUUGAGAAUUGGAGUCAUUGACCCUCUGGAGUUUUGUAAUUAGUUAACGCAUGUUGUCGCGCUUAUGCGCGUAUCACCUCCUGCAACAUAGCCAAAUCGUCGGGUUAAAUGCACCAGAGCCUUAGAGACAUAAAUUUUAAGUUAAUUUUUGUAUAUCACCAAUUAGAAAUUUAUUAACACAUUUUGCUCGUGUUUUAACUCCGAUCCAUCAACGACUCAGCAGCAAUAUUUUUAUUAACUUAUCAAAGAACUAUUGUAGGUGACAUCUAGGUGUUUUACCUACCAGUGUAGUUGUUCGAUAGGCUAGUUCCUUUGUUGAUAAAUGACAGUGAAUUUGAAUUGAUCUGUUUAUUUUCAGUGAUUCGGGUAUCUGGCAGAAUUUCUGACAACUUCUGAAAUAUGGGAUUUUUUAACAAUCUUCUUGAGAACUACCUCAGGCGGACCUGACCUUUACGAAUGCGCACUUGAUUUUUAUGGGGCUGACCAUAUCAAUCUUUGCAAUAUUAAGGGACUGGACAAAUACCGCCAUGCCUUUGUGCCAGCAGACCAUGCUCUUAUAGGCUCCUCUAAACCUGAAAUUCUUGUCCUACUGCUGAUGCCGCAUUACAGCGGCACCGCCCUCGUACGCGUAACCCUGCAGAUGGCGGCUUUCGUGUACGUUCGCGUUCUGGCCAAUCACCGAGUUAAUGUGGGUCAUGUGAUAGACUGCGCACACCGCUUGUGUGCCACCGCCGACGCAUGCUGCCAGAGUCGAAAGGCACGUGGUCGUGUUUUUUGUCUGCGCGCGCACCCCCGUGUGCGUUUGACACCAUGACAACGAGAUGUGGCAAGUUGGGGCGGCCCCACGGUCGACUAUCCUGUUGGGCAGCCUCCUCAUAUCUUCGUACUGACAACUCUACAGUUUACUGAGAAGCGCAUUAUUGCGCACGCCAGGAAAACAAGUUCACCCCAUUUGCCACGGAAGAGGGCCUUAAGCAACCGACGCCAAACUGAGGAAAACUGAUCGAUCACCGAAACUAUUGCUUAUUUUUAUUAGCUUUUGAGUCCUUACAAAGGUCUGUCGUCAGAGAAGACAGCAUUAACAACACAUGUAGCAGUGCUACUGUGCUUUUACGAAUCGAUCGAAGACAAGAUUUACCUGAGCGUACACUAACUCGACUCGGCUGUCCGGUUGGAUGACCACUUAUCACAAGUGAAUUCCCACCCCCUCAAUUUAACAGCCGCUUGAACAAUCGCCCAAGCCGCAAGCUAGUUGAAACCUGGGGCUCCGAUGGGAAUCCGGUCACCCGACCUACUAAUUUCUCACCGUCAUACACGUUUCGGCACAUAAACUAUGGAGCCGUAGUACUGACUGUUGAUUGGCUAAAGUACCCUAUAAUUGCCGGUUGUUCGUUUCUGUUAUUAUACCUUGCGAUAGACGCCUUCACUGGGCGAAAGGCUUAGGAAAUGAACAAUUAAUUUCCUGGCUCAGCCAGCAUUUUUCCUUAUUCCAACAAGGGCGACGAUAGGGCGUAUGGCCCCCAACUAACUUGAGCUAGCCUGUAGACCGUGGUGGUAGAGGGGUUUUACGGGUGGUGCAACACACAGGACAGAGAGCAAGAAGACACAGAAAGUAGAUAAAUUUCCCCGAAAGUCUUAUCGUACGCUGUCAUUUGGCAAAGAAAAUGAGCUCGAUAAUUAAAAAACAAAUAGCACUUUUUAAAAAAUAACGGACUCUGAAUAAAGCGACGCUGGUAAUUUUGCAUUUAGUCAGGCGGGGAGGGAACUUUAACAUGAUGUGAACCAUGAGUACUAAGUGAUACGGCCACACCGAAUUUUAAGGUAUAUUUUUGUAGUUGUCGUCUGCUUGUGGGUCCUAUACUUUAUCGUUAGCCCAACAAGUACUCAGGACGCGAAUAGUCGUCUCCGUUCGACACCUGAUACUGCUGGUGACUAUUUGGCUAAGCUACGUGAUCUAUCUCGAAAUCGAAAAUGCCUAACGAUGUAUUGCUGUUGUUGGUUGUGGCCUAUUGCCCUGGUGCAAGCUGGUUUCCUCACUCCCCUGCUGUUAUAACGAUGUUUAGCGCUGUUUUGUUAGUCAGUUACAUAUUUCUAUUGCGGUACUGAUCUUGCCGUUCAUAAUUCGCAAUUUCAGGACAAACUCCGGCCCCGAACAGUCGCCGCCCAGUCCUCUCCGCAGUAUGCUUCAUCUGUCGUAA